AUGCAGGGUCCUUUGUCUGCUUGGUUAGUCAAACAUGGACUUGUUCAUAGAUCUUUGGGUUUCGACUACCAAGGAAUCGAAACUUUACAAAUAAAGCCCGAAGAUUGGCAUUCCAUUGCUGUCAUCUUAUAUGUAUAUGGUUACAAUUAUCUACGUUCCCAAUGUGCCUAUGAUGUAGCACCAGGAGGACUGUUAGCUAGUGUGUAUCAUCUUACAAGAAUAGAGUCUGGGAGAGAUCAACCGGAAGAGGUAUGCAUAAAAGUAUAUGUACCAAGGAAAAAUCCCCGAAUUCCUUCUAUUUUCUGGGUUUGGAAAAGUGCGGAUUUUCAAGAGAGGGAAUCUUAUGAUAUGUUAGGAAUCUCUUAUGAAAAUCAUCCGCGUCUGAAACGUAUUUUAAUGCCCGAAAAUUGGAUAGGAUGGCCUUUGCGUAAAGAUUAUAUCGCCCCCAAUUUUUAUGAAAUACAAGAUGCUUACUAA